GCGCGGCGUGUUUUCGAGUUCUCAGGAGACAAAUGUGGCUCAUGAGAUAUUUGUCUGAAUACACGUUAUAAACUUCAACAAGUUUACCCAUAGAGUAAUAGAGUAUCUACUUCAAAAUGAGUGACGACGCAGACUCUCCCCCUGAGAGGGAAAUGAAGGAUUUUAAAUUCCGUCAGAUGAAGAAAGCACGAGUUUUUGAUUCCCCUGAAGAUCUGCCAAAAGAUAGAUCUAGUCUUCUCGCCCUGUCAAACAAAUUUGGAUUAACGUUUGUUGGGCUUGAUAGAACAUUUAAAGUUUACCUGACCCAAGACAUCCUUGAUGCUGAUAAAGUUGAUGGCAACCCCAAUGAAAUAGUUGAGGGGAUUGCAGCUUUGUCGGAGGUAACUGUGGAUCUGACUCUGCACCACUUGGCACUUAGUUGUGAUGAACUGACUUUAUCAGUUUGUGGCAUGUCUGAAGAGUCUGGUUUGUUCCUUACAUUCUAUGAUGUCCGCACCUUCAUGAACAGGACAAGAGCACAGAAGUUACCCUUUACAUCGCUGCAGCCGGCACUGCCUCCAGGCAUGUUUGUGCAUGAUCUGAAGUGGAAUCCAGUUCAGGCAUCGAUGUUGGCGGUCUGUCUGUCUGAUGGCAGUAUGAUGAUUGUGGAUGUCGCUGAUAUUGUCAAAGUGCAGACAGAGCUACCUGCCUCAAAUGGCAUCACAAGUAUUUGUUGGAGUCCAAAAGGAAAACAAAUUGCUGCAGGGAAAAUGAAUGCCACAGUCAGUCAAUAUACUCCAGCUUUAGAAGAAAAGAAAGUCAUUCCAUGCCCAAAUUUCUACAGUUCUGACAACCCUGUCAAAGUUCUGGAUGUGCUGUGGCUCAGAACAUUUGUGUUUGCGGUGGUAUACGCUGCUGCUGAUGGGUCCCUGGAGACCCCUCCUGAGCUGGUAGUCAUCUCCCUCCCUAAAAAGGAGGAGAAAGUGGAGACAAAGUAUCUUAACUUCAGUGAUCUGGUGUACGGCAGCUGCACUGAGCGACAGCACCAUUACUUUCUCAGCCACAUAGAGGACUGGGACCUUGUUUUUGCAGCUUCAGCAGCUUCCAUUGAAGUGAGCGUUAUAGCCAGACAAGAGGACAAGAUGUGGGAGCUGUGGGUGUUGGAGGACGCCAGCAGAGCCGAACUUCCAGUGUCUGAGACCAGUGAAGACACUUUGCCCCUUGGUUUAGCCAUCGACUACACCAGCCAGCAGGAGAUCCACAUCAGUGACGAGAAGACCCUGCCCCCAGCCCCCACCAUGUUGCUGCUGUCCACAGAGGGGUUACUCUGCCCGUUCUCUCUGCUUAACCUCAACCCUGGGGUUAAGCAGCUGGUUACAGCCCCCAUCCCUUUGGCCCUGGAGGGGGAGAGACUGCCCAAGCCAGGAUUGAUGGCAGCUGCCUCCCUCAAACCUGCAGCAUCAAUCCCAUCAGCCCCAGCUGCAUUCUCUGCCCUCUCUCCUCCCUCUGUGGCUGCUGUGACUCCCCCAGUCCCUGCUGCCCCCUCCUCCACUGUCCCAUUCAGCAUCACCGCCACAGCCCCAGCGUCCUCAGCUCCAUCAGGCUUCACCUUCUCUGUCCCAUCUACUGCCUCUGCCCCCGCUCCUUCAGCCUUCUCACUGUCCAGUAUGUCCACGCCUUUUGGCUCGGGACCCUCCAGUUUCUCUUUUGCCUCCAAACCUCCAUCUGACACUCCAUUGGCACCAUCGGCCUUUUCCUUCAGCCCUUCCAUCAAACCCUCAGUAGCAGCUCCAUCUCCAACACCAACUCUGGCUCCAGCUUCAGCUCCUGCUCCAACACCUCAGAGUGUCGCCCCCCAAAAUACUGUGAAACUCAAUCUAAAUGAGAGGUUUUCAUCAGUGGAGAACACAGCUCCAGCCACACAGCCCUUCUCCUUUAUUUCCUCUACACCCAAAACAAUUGUGUCUAAUUCCAGUAGUUUGACCGCCCCACCGGCAUCUGCCACCAAGCCCCCCGCUGUGUUAGCCCCAGUGCGUCCAGUCCAAACCACCACGCCGGCCACAGUUGUCCAGAAACCUACGCCUGCUGCUCAGGGACAUGCCCAGACUCCACAGGCAGCAGUGAGUGUAAAGGCCCUGGAGAAGCAGCUUCAGCAGAAGAAAGACUCUGAUCCCAUUAUGGCUGGAAUAUUGGAGGAGAUUGCACACUUUCAAAAGGAGCUGGAUGAUCUCAAAGCAAGAAGUGCAAAAGCAGACUUCAAAGUUGGUACCAAUGAGGAGAUGAGGGAGUUGAGGAAGGAGUCGGAGGACCUUCAUAUCUUCACCUUGGAGAUUAAGGAGACCACUGAGUCUCUGCAUGGAGACAUUGGCACACUGAAGACCACACUGCUGGAGGGCUUUGCAGGGGCAGAAGAAGCCAAAGCUCAGAGUGAACUCAGCCGAGACAAAAAUUACAGGCAGCUGCUGUACAAAAAACCCCUGGACCCACGGAGUGAGGAACAGCUGAAGGAGAUUCGUAGGCUGUACCAGUAUGUCAUGUUUGCUGUGGAAGAUGUUAAUGACGUCUUGGAUGUGGAAUGGGAGAAACAUUUGGAGAAGAAGAAAAAGCAGAAACACAUGACUGUGCCUGGUCGUGAAGGUCUCUUUACCACACUGUCCAACAACCUGUACAUAAUCAACCAGCAGAAGAACAGACUGGACCACCUGGUUAAAGAACUCACUUCACUGCACCUCUACAACAAGUCUCAGACCUUAAUGAGCAGUACUUCUGCAGCACCCGCUUCCAGUGUUGAUGGUGAGCUUGAAAACUUACGGGAUGCGCUUCUGAAAACCAAGUUGGGCUCUUCUCCUCCCAAGUCCAAAUCCCCAGGAGUUAAGAUAUCACCAGGCAAACAGUCCCAGCUGCGCAACUUUCUCUCAAAGGGUCAGAUGCCACCUGUUCGAUCAAUUGCACCAGCCAACCUGUCUCGCUCAGCCUUCCUUUCACCCAAAUACUACGAGGACUUGGAUGAUGUCAGCUCAGCAUCAUCCCUGUCCCUGUCCCAGUCCCUAGACCCUCCCCCACCUCACUUAGAGCUGGAAGAGGAGGAGGAACUACAGCAAGAACCCCUCCCUUUGCCUGUCAUGCCCCCAACACUGGCCACCCCUCGACACCCCACUGUGGUGAGGACUCCGUCCAUCCAGCCGGGGUUUGGAGCAAUCCAGUCGACGCCUUUGGCUAAAGUUCACUCAGUGCAGGGAAUGGGGUUUGGACUUAGCCCUAUUGCCAGUCCUAUCCCAACUAAUAAAAUCAACCUGAGCGGAGCUGAGAGCACUGCACUGGCUACAAAGACGGUAAAGCAUGGAGCUCCACCGUCUGAAAGGACUGUACCUGUCACCAUCUCAGCCCAACAGGCUGCAGCCACGGCAGCUCUGCGCAGGCAGAUGGCUAACCAGAAGACAGCUGUGGCUAGUGCUUCAUUGACAGAGUCCACGUUGAAGACUGUUCCUCAGGUCGUCAAUGUCCAGGAGCUCAAAGACAAAGGGCCUCCUGCACCUGUUACCACUGUCAUCGGCUCUUCGGUACCAGAUCCAGCAACUCCAGUGAUUCAGCAAGUCUUUGCAUCAGUUUCUUCAAACCAGGCUAAACGAAAUCCUACCCACGUCGUCCAGAAGGCAUCCACUGAAAGUGUAUCUACCCCACAGCCAAGUUUUGUCUUUGGUCACUCGUCCAAAGCAGACGUUUCUGUUGCUCCUGCUAACACAGCAGACCAAAUUAGCAGUAAAGGGUUCUCCUUUACUCCAAGCUCUACAAGCUUCAGUUUUUCCUCAGUUGCACAAGGAGCUGGAAACUCCCAAGGGAAAGAUGUGGGUAAAUUCUCCUUUGGAAGUGGUAAAAAGGUUUUUGGUGCAACAGUAGAGGAGCCAUUCUCCCUCACCCCAAAGUCGACCUCUCCGGCUCUUGGCGCCGGGUCGCCCACUCCAAAUGAAGCGCCCAAAGCCCCCUCUGCCCAGCCCCCCAAAACAGCUGGAGGAGAGACUCUGGGCUGUUUCUCUGGACUUCGCGUGGGUCAGGGAGAAGAAGCUAAAGACUCUUCAUCUAAACCCACAUUCACAUUUGGUGACAAUGGACUUGGAAUGAGUAAAAGUCCAGCACAGUUCAGCUUUGGCCCAGGUUUGCAGAAGUCUGCUGAAGACCCCCCAGCAGCAGAUCUGUCCAAGGGCAGUUUGUUCAAACCUCCUGAAUCCAACACAAAGCUGGCCUUCUCCGUGCCUCAGCCCAGCUCGGCUUCUUCAGCCUCCCCUACGUCUUUCAGCAGUCUCCUCACUGCCCCCACGGAGCCUUUGGAAGAAACCAAAGCUCCACCACCACCAUCAGAGCCUACACCACCCCCUGAAAAAGAGCCUGUUACUGAAGCUGCUGCAGACAGCGGCAGCCCCCCUGAAAUACCCGAGCCUCCAGCAUAUGUAGCCCCCACAGAAACAGUUAAACCGCCGUCACCCUCAGCUUCACCUCCUGCACCUGCACCUACGCCUGCACCUGCUCCAACCCCAGACCCUUCCUCUUCGAUCUCUGCUCCAGCUGAGGUGACUCCUCAAACACCUGCCAGCACUGCCCCCACGUUAGAGGCCCCCUCUGCAGUCACCACCCCCACGCCCACCGCUGCUGCGGUGCCCAGUUCAGCUGCUGCCACUGCUGCGGUACCUCCGGUCCCCCAAGCGGCUCCAGCACCGUUUCAGGUGCCCAGUUCUGACAAACCAGGUUCCAUUUUUACACAGCCCCCACCUGUGACAACAGACAGCACCACCGUUGGGGUUCCACCAGUUAUCAACACCGUCGCUUCUGCAGCCUCCACCUCUACCCUUACUGCUGCAAACAGUGGCACCACCACUUCUACAACCUCUGUGUUUGGACAACCGUCUGCCACCUCAGCCUCCUCAGCUCCUUCAGCUCCUUCAGCCCCUGCAUCCACAGGAUUUACCUCUACUGGGUUUGGUGCAUCAACAGGAACUGGAUUUGGCAAAUCCAUAUUUGGACAGGUGGGUGGUUUUGGUCAGCCUGCCAGUAACACUGGGACAGCCAGCGGCUUUUCCUUUGGCCAAACAGCAUUUGGAGCAAAUUCUAGCAGUGCAACUACAGGAGGUAGUAGCCUCUUUGGGGCUUCGACUUCUAGCAAUGCGAGCUCCUUCUCUUUUGGCACCAGCAGUGCCAACACCGCUAGCAGCACCGGAACUGGCCUGUUUGGACAAAGCACAGCUCCAGCAUUCGGACAGAGCUCUGGUUUUGGACAAGCCCCCGUGUUUGGCAGUAACACCACUACAUCCUCAUCAUCAGGAUUCAGCUUUGGACAACCGUCAGGUUUUGGCUGUUCUUCUGCCACCUCUGUGUUUGGACAGCAAGGUGGCAGUGGAAGCGUAUUUGGCCAGCAGCAGCCGUCAUCUGGUGGGGGUCUGUUUGGUUCCAGUUCAGCCAGUGCACCAGGCUCCACCGCUGGGGGAGGGUUCUUUAGUGGUCUGGGGGGCAAACCCAGUGAAGACGCUGCCAACAAGAACCCAUUUGGAGCGACAGCCUCCCCCGGGGGCUUUGGGCAGCCCUCUCAGACAGGUGCCAAUAAUCUGUUUGGGAACAGUGGGGCCAAGGCCUUUGGUUUUGGGCAGCAGUCGUCCUUCGGAGAGCAGAAACCUACCGGGACCUUCAGCACCGGAGGAGGAAGUGUCGCAUCCCAAGGCUUUGGUUCCUUCUCUACUCCAUCAAAGCCAGGUGGCUUUGGCAGUGCCCCGGUGUUUGGAAGUCCUCCUUCUUUUGGAGGUUCUCCAGCGUUUGGUGGUGCAGCAGCGUUUGGAUCAGCCCCGUCAUUCAACAACUCAAUGGGUUCAUCGGCCGGUAAAGUGUUUGGAGAGGGGACGGCAGCUUCCAGUAUGGGAGGAUUCGGCUUCGCCUCACCUCCCAAUGCCCCCUCUUUUGGUGCUCUAGCCAAUCAGAGUGCUCCAUCAUUUGGGGGCCUGGCCCAGCAGAGCCCCGGGUUUGGAAGUCAGCCCAGCGGUUUCUCUGGAUUUGGACAACAGCCGCAAGGCGGAGGAUUCUCUGGAAACACCUUUGGCUCUUCAAACCAAUCAUCUUCUCAAACAUUUGCCAGUUGGAGAAGCUAGUUUUCUUACAUGUCACCACGACAGUUCUCUCCACAAUCGAGUGCUUUGUGUGACACAGACGGACAAGGACAAACGGGGACAUUGUGUGACAUUUGGGUGGACGCGCUGAAGAACGGGACGUGACAUGGAUUUACAUGCAUUUUCAGAGGAAACUGUUUUAAUAUGAAAAAACUGAGAUUUCAUGAGUGAUUUCAGUGUGCAGUGCAUUCCCUCAGUACAGGAGUUGAUGAUUAUUUACAGAUCCAUGUUUUCUUGGAUAGUUAAAGGCGACGAGUCGACCUGUGAGCGUAAACAAGUCACAUUUGGAACAACAUUCUCUGUAUGCAAACAGAUUCCCAUCUUAAUUUCUUAUAUAAAACGUCAACGAUAGACGUUUCCAGCUUUUAAUUUAGUUUUAUUACAUAAACUAAAGCAUAAUAUGGGUCAAAACACAUAUGUCUGCAUGUGUUUUGACUGCAGAAAACACUUGUUUUUCUGUGUGAAAUCAUAAAUAUGCUGUAAUAAAUGGAUUUGUAUUUGUCAUGUUCAUGUUGACAUUGCUGUUCAGGUGUCAAAUGUUUCACUCUUUCAUGUAAUUAUUUCAAGUGUUUUACUCAGCCUCGUUCCUAAACCUGAGUCCAUGUUUCUGAUUUUCAAUGCAGACCUGACCCGAUGUGUAAAAAGUAAAAGCUAAGACAACAGUUUGAACUGUAGGUGGGAGAAAGAAGAAUGUCUUUUUUUUUGGUUUUUGCAGUGAAUCCAUUGUUGAUGUAUAUUUUUACAUGAAAAACUCAAAAUAAAUAAAUCCUCAAGCAAAA